GUGCAGCUAAAGUGGUAGGUACACUUAAUGCAUACAUUGUGCGCAUGGAGGUGUUUCAGAGAGCCAGCCGCGACUGGAUCAAGAACGAGGUCUUACGGAGUGUUAUUGCUGUCAUGACUGCAGAACCCUCAAACUACUUCCUCACCCGGCAACCGGCCCCGUUCACUACAAUUGUGAAGGAGCUCGACACCUUAAGUAACACCACACGCAUAGACGUGUACAAGCUGCUGUCGUACUUGGCGUGUAGUGUCAACUAUGUGCCGUACCAGGAGCUGGUUACACUGGCAGAGAUUGUUGCCAUGACAACGGACGCCUUGCUGAUGAGGUUGACGAUUCACCACGGUGCUGCGGCAGGUAUACAUGGUUAG